ACGUACAAUCUGCUGCAACACAGAGGGGGAAAAAGUGAGGGAGCGACUUUAGAGAGUGGUGCGACCCAGUUCAAACAUACGGCCAUUGUUGUAUGGGCUAGCCAUAUAUAUGUGCUGUGUCUGCACUGCAGUUUUGUUGGUGUGAAAGUUUAACCUAGCGUCAGUUUAGUAGAAAACCUGUAAUUUACAUACUUUUUUUUGUUUGUUGCCAUGUCCGAGGAGAUUGAAGGUAGAAUGCCCUCCAGCGAUGAGGCAACCCACAAGGAACAGCAGGAGAUUGAUGAUAAUGUCAUCACUCCAGAGAAGGCAGAGGAGGUGAAACUGAAGGCCAGGUACCCUCAUCUUGGAGCCAAACCUGGGGGCUCUGACCUGCUCCGGAAACGCCUUCAGAAAGGGCAAAAGUUCUUUGACUCUGGGGACUACAACAUGGCCAAGGCUAAGGUGAAGAACAAGCAGCAGCUCCCUGCAGUGACACCGGCUGAGAAGGCAGAGAUAACCGGGGACCACAUCCCCACACCCCAGGACAUCCCCCAGAGGAAGCCCUCUAUCGUGGCUAGCAAACUGGCUGGCUGAGUGGGUUGAUGGAACCAUGGAACUAGGAACCAUGGAACUAGGAACCAUGGAACUAGGAACCUUGGAACUGUUUUGUUCUGUUACCAUUCCAUCACUCGCUCUUGUUCUCUCUCUGAGCCGGUCUCAAUUAGUUCCCUAUGUCUACCACUUGGCACUAACCCUUCAAUGCAUGCAUAUUUUGCUGGCCCUUCCUCCAUAUUCCUCACAUUUGUUCAAACAUUGAAGAGGUAGGGGGGGGCAAGGGGAAGAGGGGUAGAGAACCAAGAGGAAGGGACAGGGAGCCAUGGGGCAGAGGGGUAGGGAGCUAUGGGGUAGAGCCACGGGAUAGAGAACCAAGGGGAAGGGGUAGGGAGCCAAGGAUAGGGGUGUGGCCAUUGGUAAGGGUUAGGGAGCCAAUUACUUCUACUAGGCCUCUGUCUUCUGGCCCCUUUCUUUCAUUCCUGCACCUUCUACAUACAGUGCAUUCAGGAAGUAUUCAGACCCCUUCCCCUUUCCCACAUUUUGUUACGUUACAGCUUUAUUCUAACAUGGAUUUUAACUAGUCCUCAUCAAUCUACACACAAUACCCCAUAAUGACAUCACAAUACCCCAUAAUGACAUCACAAUACCCCAUAAUGACAAGGGGAAAUGAGUUUAUAGAACUUUUGCAAAUUUAUAAAAAAUUACCGAAAUACCUUAUUUACAUAAGUUAGGUUCAGGUGCAUCCUGUUUCCAUUGAUCAUCCUUGAGAUGUUUCUACAACUUGAUUGGAGUCCAUCUGUUGUAAAUUCAAUUGAUUGGACAUGAUUUGGAAAGGCACACACCUGUCUAUAUAAUGUCCCACAGUUGAAAGUGCAUGUCAGAGCAAAACCAUGCCAUGAGGUUGAAACAAUUUUCUGGAGAGCUCCAAGACAGGAUUGUGUCGCUGCACGGAUCUGGGGAAAGGUACCAAACCAUUUCUGCAGCAUUGAAGGGCCCCAAGAACAGAGUGGCCUCCAUUAUUCUUCAAUUGAAGAAGUUUGGAACCCGUGUGACGCAGCAUCUCCAUGCAAGAGGUGUCACUACAGUCCCUGGUUCGAAUCCAGGCUGAAUCAUCUGGCCGUGAUUGGGAGUCCCAUAGGGCGGCGCACAAUUGGCCCAGCGUCGUCCGGGUUUGGCCGGGGUAGGCCGUCAUUGUAAUUAAGUAUUUGUUCUUAUCUGACUUGCCUAGUUAAAUAAAAUACCUAGGGCCACCUGGCCAAACUGAGCAAUCGGGGGAGAAGUGCUUUGGUCAGGGAGGUGACCAAGAACCCGAUAGUCACUCUGACAGAGCUCCAGAGUUCCUCGUGGAGAUGAGGGAACCUUCCAAAAGGACAACCAUCUCUGCAGCACUCCAUCAAUCGGGCCUCUAUGGUAGAGGGGCCAGACAGAAGCCACUCCUCAGUAAAAGGCACAUGAAAGCCUGCUUGGAGUUUGCCUAAAGACUGACAGACCAUCAGAAACAAGAUUCUCUGGUCUGAUGAAACCAAGAUUGAACUCUUUGGGAUGGAAUGCCAAGCAUCACGUCUGGUGUGGGGAUGUUUUUCAGCGGAAGGGACUGGGAGACUAGCCAGACCGAGGGAAAGAUGAACGGAGCAAAGUAUAGAGAGAUCCUUGAUGAAAACCUGCUCCAGAGCGAUCAGUACUUCGGACUGGGGCGAAUGUUUAUCUUCCAACAGGACAACUACACUAAGCACACAGCCAAUACAACGCAGGAGUGGCUUCGGGACAAGUCUCUGAAUGUCAGAGCCUGGACUUGAACCCAAUUGAACAUCUCUGGAGAGACCUGAAAAUAGCUGUGUCGUGACGCUCCCAAUCCAACCUGACAGAGCUUGAGAGGAUCUGCAGAGAAGAAUGGGAGAAACUCCCCAGAUACACGUGUGCCAAGCUUGUAGCGUCAUACCCAAGAAGACUCAAGGCUGUAGUCAGCUGCAAAAGGUGCUUCAACAAGGUACUGAGUAAAGGGUCUGAAUGCUUAUAUACAUUUCUAAAAACCUAUUUUUGCUUUGUCUUUCUUGGGUAUUGUGUGUAGAUUGAUCAGGGGGGGACUAUUUAAUCCAUUUUAGAAUAAGGCUUUAACAAAAUGCAGAAGAAGGUAAGUAGUCUGAAAUACUUUCUGAACUACUUCAUAAAAUGAAAAUCAAGCAGAAAGAAUCUUGAGGAAAAUUGCUGCCGGAGGAUCACUGUCCUCGGAUAGUGGUAUUAAAUGAGAAGUUGAAAUAUAUUUUUGCAAAGUGUACUCCAGAGGGCCUAUAUAUCUACUGUGGUGACUGAUUGAAACCGUAUAUAGCCUAUCACCAUGUAUCUGAGAGGACAAAGUCAAUAUUUUAGACAUGUUUUGUCUUCUAUAUAUUCCAUUCGACAUUUUCAAUUAUGAGGUAAUAAUGUAGAACAAUCUGAUUUUUAUCCUUCUAAUUACAAUUCUAAUCCCACCCCUGCCUUCCUAGCCCAGUCACACAUCUGUUUACGCUGUCUUGCCAGUGCCAGCUCUUAUGGGCCAAGCCAACACAAACGGAUCUGGGACCAUCAGGCCAUGCCCUCUUCCUCUCCAAUGUUCCAAAGCUAUGUUCUUUGUUCUGAUACGUUGAUUGAAAAUAGCCUGUGUCACGCAGUAGCUGUUGUUAGCUAGCUAGUCAUGUUCCAAUGAAUAUUUGCAGCAUUGGCUCGUCUAUAGUCCUUAAAAGGCUGCUGUUGUAUAUUAUGAAUGUAUAAUGUGUAUAUAUGGGGCUCCCGAGUGGUGUAGCGGUCUAAGGCAGUGCAGACACCCUGGUUCGAAUCCAGGCUGUAUCACAACCGGCCGUGAUUCGCAGUCCCAUAGUGCGGUGCACAAUUGGCCCGGUGUCGUCCGGGUUUGAUUUUUGGCCAGGGUAGGCCAUCAUUGUAAAUAAGAAUUUGUUCUUAACUGACUUGCCUAGUGAAAUAAAAUAAAAUUCAAUGCAUCUCUUAACAGUUAUGAGCCGUAGUUUACUCUUGGGCAAUAUUUGUCCAUUCACUCCAGUGAGAGAAUCUCGGCUUGUGUCUAAAAUGGCUCCCUAUAAUAUAUAUAUAUAUAUAUAUAGGCCCUGGUCAAAAGUAGUGCACUACAUAGGGAAUAAGAUGCCCUUCUCAUAUGACCUCUGAACCUAGCACAGGAAUGCCUGCCUGCCACUAUCUGAUACUCAAGUCAUUUAGGUUUAAUCGUCAAAGCAACUCACUUAAAUGAAAUGUUGAUCUGAAGGGUGUGCAUGUGCAUUGACUGUCACGUUAUGCCAUUUUUUUUGUUUGUUUUGUAAAUAAACUAGUUUUGCACAAUA